AAAGCGCAGCAGCAGUCGAACGUCGCUGCCGCGUUCGAACCUCCACCCGAAAUUCCAGACAUGCCGUCAACGCGAGCGGGGUCAGUCUCGCCAAACCAGCCAUCAAUAUUCGAUCCUGUUCAGGAAGACAUACAAGAAGAUUAUCACACAGAACCUACGACAGCACCUCAGUCUGGAUCCGGCGACGAGCACGAAUAUUACGAUCUCAAACCUCCUCCGCCCACCGUCAUCCACUCCAACAUGGAACAACUCGGCAUGCGCUUCUUUUCCGUCGAUCACCUGAAUGUCAUUCUUCGCGACUAUCAAACAUCCUCCCGCUUUCAUCGUUUCCUCACACAGUACAGGCCGUAUGUCUUGCCCUCGCUCGAGAGUUACGUGGAUACGCAGAAAGCCGUUGCUGCCAUAGAAUAUGCCAACUCGCUCGCGGAUAACCUCCCCUCGCUGACCGGCGAUGUUCCACGACCUGCAGCCAUCAUGGAGAAGAGCUUCCAAGAUCGAUCACGCGUGGUGGUCCAAGAGCUGGUCGACGAUGCACUGCCGGCCUACCUCACACAUCGCCUUGUACAACUUGUGACGGAUAGUCUCGUCAAGGAAAUCACUGGCAAUAUUGCACCGGUCCUGCGCGACCUGAUCCCGUCUCUGGCCGAGGUAUACUGCAUCAGCGANCCCUCGCUAGCCGACAACCCCAUUGUCUAUGCCUCUGAAGGUGAUCCCGUCCAAUCUUCCAUACUCGAUCAUCAUAUACUGAUCGAACGCNNAGCCUUCUACGACAUAGGUGGUUAUCAGAAAGAUUUUGUGAUUGGCCGGAACUGCCGCUUUCUGCAAGGUCCGAAGUCAUCGUCCGCCAGCAUACAUCGGCUGAUCGAAGCUUUGAGAGCUGGCCAAGAGAUUACCGAGACAAUUCUCAANUUAGGCAACGUGCGGUACUAUCUCGGAUGUCAAAUCGAUGUCACAAAUCUGAUUGAAGGCGGCAAAGGCAUAGAGUCGUUCGAGAAACUUCUGGCCAACGAUCGCGCUGAAGAACGAUACCGUGGCCGGAGCAGUCGCAAGCCAACGCAGGUGCUGGGAGAAUUGGGCCAGAUGAUGAAUGAAGAUGAGUUGGAAGCAGUCAACACCCGCCAACGCAGCCAGUCGCGCAGCUCGACGCCAGUCGCUUCCCCGCGCAAUCCUGCUGCUGCUUCCAGACAUCCUCGCAAAGUCUUCGGCAUGGAUGACACCCUCGAGCGUGGACUAUGGCCACAUCCUUCUCUUGGCCCGUCCGGCCGCCUGCCCGGUAUACUUGCANNGUACCUACUCGUCCGCCCCUAUCCGUCCCUACGCAUCACAUUCACUUCUCCCGCUCUCCGCAUUCCAGGACUACUCCAAACAAAGUUUAUGGAACGCCUUGGGGGUCCUCAAGAUGUCCGUGAUGGCGUGCUGGACAGCCUUUCUCGCGGUACCCCCGUGACCGCAAAGAUCUCCUGGCUCUCCACGCCAACUAUACCCGACAGCCCUCAUCGGAUCAGCAUUGAAGGCAAGCCACGCUGGAUCCAUUGCACUCCCUUGCUCGGUAGUGACGAGAAGGUAGGCGUCUGGAUGGUCGUCAUGGUGGAACAAGAAAGCAUCACUGGCAAUCUUACACGGCCUUCCGAAUCCUUUAGUGCUUUUUCAUCGCCACCUCCAAACGUUAUUGGCAGGUCCUCGCUGGAUACUCCUGUUAGAGGCGGAGAGGGAGCGAGGAGCCCGAAGUUCAAGCCCGAGACUGGAAAGCUGUACGCUGAGUACCUCCGGCGCGAGGGCAAGGGAAUCAACGCACCCAAUGAAGUGGCUACAGAUGAAUCGAUCGGCGCAGGUAGUUUCAGGGAGGCGAGACCGUUCCAGGAUUUUUGA